UUAAAUAGACCAAGAACAUUUCAGUUAGAGGAAUAACGGAGCUCAUUCAACGCUUCAAGAUCCGGACUUCUUUUACUUUGGGAAAUACCGAGAAGUUUGCAAAACACGAAUUAUGGCUGUGUCUGCAAGUUAUAGCAUCUUGUUUAUUUUCGCCUGUGUAUGGCUAACUUUUGCAUCGGCGGAUCCAGGUUAGUCGCUUUAAUUCGUUUUUAUUUUCUAAUAGAUUUUGUAGCUUAGGUAUUUGUUUUUCAAAUGUAGGCCUACUGUUGUUUGUAAUUCAGUCAUUUAGAAUUCACAUUCAGAUUCACAAUCGAUGUGUUUUGUUCCAGUUAAACCCAAAGGACGAGGUUUAAUAUUGAUGGACCCGUUCCACAUUGAUCCGCUCACUAAAGAUACAUUACAGAGCAGUCUCACAACUAUCCUCCUGCCAGUUAUUUACAUGAUUGUUUUGUCUGUGGGGCUACCAACCAACGCGAUGGCUGUAUAUGUGUUGCUGUUCAGGUCAAAGAAAAUUCACCCUGGUACCAUUUACAUGGCCAACCUAGCACUGGCUGACCUGAUGUUUGUCAUCUGGACCCCUCUUAAGAUCGUUUACCAUUUGAAAGGAAAUAACUGGACUUUUGGUGAAGGGAUGUGCAAAGUUUUUGUGGGUUUCUUCUACGGCAACAUGUACUGCUCCAUCCUCUUCAUCACUUGUCUGAGCAUCCAGCGGUACUGGGUCUGCGCUCACCCGCUCUCCCAGCAAAGAAAAAACAACAAGUUUGCUAUCAUCAUAUCUGUUUGUAUCUGGAUCUUCAUUUGUGUCAGUACUACACCUUUGUACUUGUACCAGCAAACCGUUGAACUCUCAUUCCUCAAGAUCACCACCUGCCACGACGUCAGUAUUAUCCAUAUGGAGAACUUUGUAUCUGGCAAUGUGUUCCUGGAUGUUCAGCUGCCUUAUUAUUAUUUUAUGGUGAUGGCGGGUCUUGUCUUCUUCAUCCCACUGUUGGUCAUCAUUGCAGCUUAUAUUCUUCUCCUUCGCUCACUUGGGAAUCCCACAGUCGAGGGGAAUGCUGGAAAAAGCCGCCAACGAGCUGUGGUUCUCAUCCUUACGGUGCUCAUAACGUUCUUGAUCUGCUUCAUCGCAAGUAACGUGAUGUCGGUUGUGCAUUACGCUCUCCUGCGAAAUGGCCAGGUCAAUAAUGGCUAUGGUUUCUACAUCAUGACACUGAGCCUGGCCAGUCUCAACAGCUGCUUGGACCCUUUCAUCUACUAUUACGUCUCGGAUGAGUUCAGGGAGCACGUCAAGAACACGCUACUGUGCCGUAGCAGUCGAACGGUGAAGAGGAUGAGGGCCUCGUUUAACUCAUUCAAGUAUUCUAAACCGACCAAGACCUAUACUUUCAGCACAGGCAACACAGAAAGCAGCAACUGAUGAGAGCAGAUGGACAUGGACCAUGAUGGAAGUGAGUUUAUGUAUUUCUAUGUGGAAUAUAUAUA